AUGCAAAAUUCAAUUUUAACCAAUAGAUCAAUAGUAAAAAACGAUAGGAUUUCGAAAAUAUUAUCUAAUUACAAGACUGAGAUAGAUAAACAUAGUCAAUAAAGCUUUAGAAUGCUAAGUUAAAAAAUUAAACGAAAAGUACAAACUUUAGGUAUGAUAAGAUAGGAAAUCAAAUUAGUGAUAACUAAGCGAAUUAUCCAAUUCCUAAGAAUAAGACAGAUGUGUCAAAAUUCUUUAGUGAUCAUUCAAAAAGUCAAUUUCAAAUAAAUGUUAAAGAUUUACUGAUGCAUAAAAGUCAAAUAUCAAAAUAAUUAAACAAAAAAGGAAAAGACAACAACAAAUAAAUGGUCCCAAGAAUAAACAAAACUCAAAAUGAUAUCUUUAAAAAUUAUCUUGCCCAAAGAAAUUGUAAUGGCUCUUAAACUUAUAGAGACUCAAGUAUUAUCAGUCUCUCUACUUAGGAGAUUUAGAUGCCCGAAUCAAAAUUAGUGACAAAAGUACACAUUCUCAAUAAGCCCUCUUAUAAACACUUAUAAAUAAGAGUUAUGAAAAUAAACUCAAUCAGCCUAGAGAUUCCCCAGAAUUAUGUUAUGCAUCAUAACAUAUAUUUAAUAUACUUCAAUAAUCAAUCAAUGGAUAAAGUAGUCUCCUUCUUCGNUAUGAGAUUCUAAUUUUAAGGUUUUUUUUUUUGAAAUAAUCUUUUUUAUCAUUAUUCCUCUCUGUUAUUUUGUUGAUAUAAGAAAUUUUAUCAAAAAAAGUUGGAUAGCAUAGAAUUGGGUUUGAGAUUUGUUGGAUUAUUAUUAUAAAUAAGAUUUGUGUUAUUAUAUCCUUACUUUAUUGA